GUCCCCUCGGAGGCGACGGUACUCCAGGGGAAAGAGAUCAAGCAUCGCGAGACGCGUUUCGUAGUCCACGGAUUUGAGGCCGGCAACCAUUCUCGUGGUGGCCCGCUGGACACGCUCAAUGAGGGUGACAUUUUCGUGCGUCCUGAGAAGACGACUUGGUUGACGCACUCCAGGAGCGGUCUGACAAUCGUCCCAGUUUUGAUCUACUUCAUCGAGUUCCCAGAUGCUCCCUCAAUUCCAUGUCCAUUUUUGCAGCCGAAUCCGUUGUCAAUGACAAUGUCUGUUCAAGACGUGCUGUUCUCUUUCGUCGCUCUUCUGUUUUUCUGGAAGAUCAUCUUCCCUGUCCUGCGUAUUAUUUUCCUCUACACAGUGGGCAAGAGAAUAUAUUCUAGACGAAAUCAACUAAAGAAGGCUGGGAAGUGGGCCAUCGUUACGGGUGCCACCGAUGGAAUCGGAAAGGCCUAUGCUCAAGAGCUGGCAAAGGAUGGGUUGAACAUUAUGCUCAUCAGUCGGAACCAGGAAAAGCUGGACAAAAUUUCAAAGGAAAUAAAAGACCAGUUUCACGUGGACACCAAAACAGUGGCGUGUGACUUUACACGAACCGACAUUUAUGAAUCGCUGGAGCAAGAAAUCAACACGCUUCCUUCGAUUGCCUGCUUGGUGAACAACGUUGGUCUGUCGUAUCCACAUUUCGCGCGUUUCUCUGAUGCGAGUUUCAUUAAUAUUGAGUUUAUUCGCAACAUGAUCAAUUGCAAUAUGACAUCCGUCGCCAGUCUCACGCGAAUCGUCCUUCCUCGUCUGCUUAAACAAGCGAGCUACGGAUCAGCUAUUAUCAACCUGAGUUCUUUUGCUGGCCUAGUUCCUUUACCUUACCUCAGUCUUUACAGUGCUUCGAAGACAUUUAUCAAACAGUUCGUGCAGGCCCUGAUUCCAGAGGUUGGAACUUCAAAAGUCUACAUCCAAGUUGUCUGUCCUAUUCUGGUAGCGACUACACUUUCGGGAGUCAAACGCCCCAGGUUAUUCGCACCACUGCCUGAUAAGUUUGCAGCCAGCGCAUUGGACAUGCUAGGUGUGGAGCCAGUCACUUCAGGCUAUUUACCUCACGCGUUACAAGCGUUUGUCCUAUCGAUCCAUCCAAAAAUAGCGGCUUUGGCGGCGCAUAUUACAUUCCAGAAGGUCUCCAAGCGAAAACGAGAGUAGACAAACGGUGGCGUUAGGCUCUCUGUGUUGCUAAUCCCAAAUUGUGCGCCGUGUGCAACAAAAGACACGUUCAGUGAAUGGUUUGCACGCCAUCAGCCUACUUCGUUUCAUAUUACCUAUGUAUCUCCUUCUCUACGCUGUGUCCUAAUAUGCAACCAGUUGG